UGCGCGGUGCGGCGCGCGCCCGCCCGCCCGGCCCGGCUGGUGCGUGCGAGGGAGAAGAUGGCGGCGGCGGGGGCGGCGGCGUGAGGGGCCGGGACCGCCGAGCUCCUCGGGGACGCGGGGCGCCAUGGCCCUGCACGGCGCGCAGUAUAUUUUUGGGGAGUUCAGCCCUGAUGAAUUUAAUCAGUUCUUUGUGACUCCACGAUGCUCUGUUGAGCUCCCCCCAUACAAUGAAACAGUUUCAUGUGGUAUUAAAUCCACAGGGGAAGAGUAUCAGAGAAUUGAAUUUGGUGUUAAUGAAGUUAUCGAGACUCAGUCAUCUGUCCUAAAUAACACCGACUACAGUAUUUCGAGUACUCUGAAUCCUCAGGCUCCAGAAUUCAUUCUCAGCUGUGCACCUGCUCAGAAAACCCCAGACGAUGCUCUCAGCGACACAAACUACAACUCCAUUGACUGCCAGUUCAGUGACCCCGCCCUGGCUCUGGACAGCGGCUCCAACGCCGAAAACGACGCCUUGGCUGGGGGCCUUGGGCAGAGGGAGCGGAAGAAGAAGAAAAAAAGACCCCCUGGAUACUACAGUUACCUGGAAGAUGUCCCUGACGGCGUGGCUGCCCCGGAGGCGCUGGUGAACGGCCACGCCUCGGCCGCGGGACUCAACAGCCUGAGCGCGGAGGACACGGAGCUGGCAGGAGACCUCCCCUCCCUGGCCACGCCGAGGACUUGCAGCAGUCCCGCCAGCUCCGUGGACUUCCUGGCCGGAGCUGCGUGUGCCGAGCCCGGCCCCGGCGCCGCAGCCCCCGGCAGGACUGCCGGGCAGCCCGAGGUAUGCCGCCUUGCUCAUUCUGAACAGUUCUGCCUCCCCUCGGAGGCCGUCAGAGAGAGCCCCCUAAGGACAGCUGUUGUACAGGCUUAUGCUGGUACUGAUACUACUGAAACUCUUGGCGUUACUAAUGGACAAACACUUGAAUCCUCUGGUGAGGACACAGCUGCCAAUGGGGUAGAAUUGCACACUGUGGAAAGCACUGACUCAGACCAAGCUAAGCCUGAGGAAGCUUCACCUACUACUGAGGCAACGGUCCCGCUUGCAGGAUCAGUCCCUGUUAAUCAGCCUGCAAAGUCGUGGGCUAGUCUUUUUCACAAUUCCAAGCCCUCUGCUUCCACAUCUGUGGUCUAUGUUGAGACUAAGUAUACCCCUCCUGCCACAUCUCCUCUGGUCCCUGAAAAACAGGUUGAAGUCAAAGAGGGACCUGUUCCAGUUUCAGAGGAUCCCGUAGCCAUAAAGAUUGCAGAAAUACUGGAAAAUGUAAGACUAAUACAUAAACCAGUGUCUUUGCAACCCCGGGGGCUGAUCAACAAAGGAAACUGGUGCUACAUCAAUGCUACCCUGCAGGCCUUGGUUGCUUGCCCUCCAAUGUAUCAUUUAAUGAAGUCCAUUCCAAUGUAUUCCAAAUCGCAGAGGCCGUGCACCUCCACACCAAUGCUAGACAGUUUUGUUCGUUUAAUGAAUGAGUUCACUAAUAUGCCUGUACCUCCUAAAGCAAAGCAAGCUUUAGGUGAUAAAAUAGUGAGAGACAUCCGACCAGGAGCUGCCUUUGAACCAACCUACAUUUACAGGCUCUUGACGGUUAUAAAGUCAAGUCUGUCAGAAAAGGGCAGGCAAGAGGAUGCUGAAGAAUACUUGGGAUUUAUCCUCAAUGGACUACAUGAAGAAAUGCUGACCCUCAAGAAACUUCUCUCUCCACAUAAUGAAAAAGUGUCGGUGUCCAACGGCCCCGAGGCUCAGAGUGUUCCCAAGGAGGAGGAGCAGGAGGAGCAGGGGGAAGGCAGCGAGGAUGAGUGGGAGCAGGUGGGACCCCGCAACAAAUCCUCGGUCACUCGCCAGGCUGACUUUGUCCAGACUCCAAUCACUGAUAUUUUUGGUGGUCACAUAAGAUCUGUUGUUUACCAGCAGAGUUCCAAGGAGUCUGCCACGCUGCAGCUUUUCUUCACCCUGCAGCUGGACAUCCAGUCGGACAAGAUCCGCACCGUGCAGGAUGCCUUGGAAAGCUUGGUGGCAAGGGAGUCUGUGCAGGGCUACACCACAAAAACCAAGCAAGAGGUGGAGAUCAGUAGAAGACUCACCUUAGAAAAGCUGCCCCCUGUUCUCGUUUUACACCUCAAACGCUUUGUGUAUGAGAAGACUGGAGGAUGCCAGAAGCUGAUCAAGAAUAUUGAGUACACUGUUGAUCUGGAAAUCAGCAAAGAGCUACUAUCUCCUGGUGUGAAAAGUAAAAUUUCAAAAGGCCAAAGAACCUACCGGCUCUUUGCAGGUAUUUUAUUUGUGUGGUCCCUCUAUUGCAAGUGCAGACUCUGCAUAUGGAUUAUAGAAACACUGGGUUACAUUAAGUGUUUUCUUUUAAACUGCCCUGAAGUAGCUUGUGGGUGUGAAAUUCUUGUGUUUAGUGGGGUUUGUUUAGAAUUGGGAGAUUGUGCUGGAGAAACACUGAUUUGGACACGGGCUAGGAGUGCCAGGCCAAGGGGAAUGACUUUGCAGUGCCAGAGGGCAGGGUUAGGUGGGAUAUUGGAAAAAAUCCUUCCCUGUGAGUGUGGGGAGCUGCCUGCCAUAAGGAUAGCAUGGGACACAGGCACCUGAAGCCCCUCCUUGGUUUUACAGCCAAAUCCCAGGGCGCUGUCCCAGUUUCCUUCACUUUUUCCAGAUCUAAAGAUGAAUUGAGCCAUACAAAGCCAAGAUGUUCAUCCCACCCCUACCUCUGGAUGUCAUCCCAUUGGGGUUGACAUGGGCCUUGACUACAGGCAGCUGGAAAAUCCCAUUUUCCAUUUCCCCAUGGGCAACCCAGUCCCUGUCACCAUCAGAAAUACCACCAGGGGAAUAUCUGGGAUGAAGAUUUGUCUCCUGGGGCACAUGGAGACUUUCUUCCCUGUGAGGUGGGGAGACCCUGGCACAGAUUCCCAGAGAAGCUGAAAGGGUCCAAGGCCAGAUUGCACCGGGCUUGGAGCAACCUGGGACAGUGCCAGGUGUCCUGUGGCAGGGGUGGGAUGGGAUGACAAUCCCAGAGCAUUCCAUGAUUCUGUGUCUGUCCCACCUAUCGAUGUAUGCAGAUUGAGCUAUAUAGAUGAGGGAGCUCCAUGCUCCCUUGGCCUUGAUCUGGGGGUGUCCCAAGGCUCAUGGAACACGCCGAGCUUUCAUCUGCCAUUCCAUGACCCGCACAUCCCAAACCCAAUGAA